GAGGAGGAAGAGCAGCGAGGAGGCGGGCUAGCACGGCACGGCCCGGCCCGGCACCGCACCGCACCGCGCCCGCCUACCGCCCAGCCUCGCCCGCCGGCCGCGCAGGGGCAGAGCGAGCCGGCGCCGGGCAGGAAUCAGCAGCGAGCCGGGCGAGGAGCACAAAAAAAAAAAAAAAAAAAAGAACCUUUUAAAAAAAAAAAACCAAAAAAAAGAACCCCAAAAAUUAAAAAAAAAAAAAUUUAAAAAGCCCCCGUCGUCAACAUCAUAAUAACCGUAAUAAAAGGAGCCGGCGCGUUAGAGAGCUUUUUUAUUUUUAAUAAUUUUUCACCCCCAGCUCUCCCUCCUCCCCUUUUUUAAUUUUUUUAAAAUUUUUUAAUUUUUUAAUUUUUUUUUUUUUUUUUUUUUUUUUUUUUUUUGGUGAGCGCCCGAGGUCUCCCAGGCGCGGCGUGGAGGGGAGCGCCCGCAGCGGAUCGUCAGCCGUCAGGCGGCACCUGACCGCCCGCCAGCCAUGAGAGCCGCGAGCCGGGGCCGAGGGGCGCCUUAAAAAAAGGAGAGAAAAGAGAGGAAAAAAAGAGGCGAUUUGGGGAAAGGAUACUUGCCUCCGUCCCGCUGCUGUCUUGGAAACCAGAGGGGGAAGAGUCAGAGGCAGAGAGAGAGGAGACAGGGAGAGAGGGAAGGAAGAAAAAAAAAAAAAAGGAAGGAAGGAGGGAGAGUUGAAUUUUUAUUAUUUUUUUUUCCCGAUUUUUUUUUUCUCUCCUCCUUUUUUAAUGCUGAGUUACCGCAUCGCUUCGCUGAGAUCCAGCAAGCCGAAGAUUUUACCCGAUUGCUUCCAUUGCUGGCGACGCUGAGGGAUUUUUGCAUUUUUUUGGGGGAGAGGGGGGGGGGGAAACUUCGCGAUCCUUUCUUUUCACACUGGCCUUAAAGAGGAUAUAUUAGAAGUUGAAGUAGGAAGGGAGCGAGCAGGCCGAUGGCGCAAAGGGUACGUAUUAAAAAAAAAUGGAUUUCAAAUGUGAAAUGAUAUUGAAACGUGGCUGACAGAGACGCUGCAAAAAAGUUUUUGUUUUCUUUUUUUUCCUUUUUUUUUUCUUUUUCCUUUUUCCCCUCCUCUUUGGAGCAGGGGGCACAAAGCGGUGUCCUGGCCCGGGAGGAUUUCUCAGUUGUACUUGUAGACUUAAAAACCUGUAUAUAUUGACGUUUUCUUGAUUCUUUCAAUCCCCAUCCCGGAUCUCUCACGGAAAAGGCAAGCUUUCUAUACAUUAAUGACAUGCAGGCAUUACGACGAGCUGCCCCACUACGGCGGCAUGGAGGGGGUGGGCAUCCCCACCACCAUGUACGGGGACCCCCACGGCGCCCGCCCCAUGCAGCCCGUGCACCACCUCAACCACGGGCCGCCGCUCCACUCGCACCAGUACCCGCACGCCGCCCACGCCAACGCCAUGCCCCCCGCCAUGGGCGCCUCCGUCAACGACGCCCUCAAAAGGGACAAAGAUGCCAUCUACGGACACCCCCUGUUCCCUCUUUUAGCACUGAUUUUUGAGAAAUGUGAAUUAGCUACAUGCACGCCCAGGGAGCCCGGGGUAGCGGGAGGCGAUGUUUGCUCCUCUGAGUCUUUCAAUGAAGACAUAGCAGUGUUCGCCAAACAGAUCCGAGCAGAGAAACCCCUAUUUUCCUCUAAUCCUGAACUGGAUAACUUGAUGAUUCAAGCCAUACAAGUAUUAAGGUUUCAUCUGUUGGAAUUAGAGAAGGUACACGAAUUAUGUGACAAUUUCUGCCACCGGUAUAUUAGCUGUUUGAAAGGAAAAAUGCCUAUCGAUUUGGUCAUAGACGAUAGAGAGGGCGGAUCAAAAUCGGACAGUGAAGACAUAACAAGAUCAGCAAAUCUAACAGAUCAGCCCUCCUGGAACAGAGACCACGAUGACACGGCGUCCACGCGCUCCGGGGGAACCCCCGGGCCCUCCAGCGGGGGACACACAUCGCACAGCGGGGACAACAGCAGUGAGCAAGGUGACGGCUUGGACAACAGUGUAGCUUCCCCCAGCACAGGUGAUGAUGAUGAUCCAGAUAAGGACAAAAAGCGACAUAAAAAGCGUGGCAUCUUUCCCAAAGUAGCCACAAAUAUCAUGAGGGCAUGGCUGUUCCAGCAUCUAACACACCCUUACCCUUCAGAAGAACAGAAAAAGCAGUUGGCACAAGACACAGGGCUCACUAUACUUCAAGUGAACAAUUGGUUUAUUAAUGCUAGAAGAAGAAUAGUCCAGCCCAUGAUAGACCAGUCCAAUCGAGCAGUAAGUCAAGGCACACCCUACAACCCCGACGGGCAGCCGAUGGGAGGCUUCGUGAUGGACGGCCAGCAGCACAUGGGCAUCCGAGCGCCAGGGCUGCAAAGUAUGCCAGGGGAUUAUGUGUCUCGGGGUAGUCCAAUGGGUAUGAACAUGGGACAGCCAAGCUAUACCCCACCCCAGAUGGCCCCCCAUCCUGCUCAGCUGCGUCAUGGCCCCCC